CGAACGCACACACACAAAGCAGACCAAGACUCGCAAGAUGAGCGGCAGUGAGCAGGAGGAUGUUGGGCUGGGUGGCGAGCAGCCACGGAAGGUGGCAAAGGUGCAGGCGGAAGGAGGAGAGGACGAGACGACAAAGAAGGUGGAGGCUGUGGGCAGCGUAGGCGAAGGAAAGGAAGGACCAGCAGCAGACACACAGGGGGAGAAGAAUGGCGAGGAAGAUGCGGAUGAGGAUGAGGCGGCAAGGAAGGAGCGGCAGAGAAAGCGGCAGGCAGAGCGCAUGGCACGCAACGCAGAGCUGGCGCAGCAGGCCAUCCUUCAGGCACAGCAGCUGGCAGCCCGUCAAGCACAAGCCUCUGCACAGCAAUCAGCGUCGUCGGCGUCCAUGACAGCCACGGCGCCUCAGCUCGCAGUGAAACGGGCACCGGCAGCAGCAGCAGCAGCAGCAGACACAUCGUCAUCGUCAUCCUCGUCAUCGUCACAGCAGCAAGAUGACGCGGGGGACAGCGAUGAGUUCUUCAUCCCAGACCCCAAGAAGAACCCACACGUCUACGUCACAGGCCUACCUCUGGACACGGACGAGGUUGAGUUCUACGAGUUUAUGAAGAAGUGCGGCGUUAUGGCAGAGGACGAAGAAGGUGCCCCGAAGAUCCAGCUGUACCGCGAUGAGAACGGCAACGUGAAAGGGGACGGAAAAUGCACGUAUCUGCGGGUGGAGAGCGUAACGCUGGCGCUGCAGCUGCUGGAUGGAACAGACUACCGCGACGGCAACAUUGUCCACCUUGAGCGGGCCAAGUUCCGGAAGCGAGACAUUGAGCGGAAGAAGAAGAUGCAGAAGGAGAAAGACGGAAGCGAUAGCAAAGGUGGCGGGAAGAAGGCGAAAGUCAACAAGAAGACCCUCUCCCACAAGCUGCUUGGCUGGCAUGACACGGAUCUCAAGCGGAAAAAGGCAGUGGGGGUGCUGAUCCUGCGGCACAUGUUCCAUCCGUCGGAGUUCACCGAGGACCCAAUGCUGCUCGUCGAGCUCAAGAGGGACAUUGAGAAGGAGUGCAAGAAGUUUGGGCCGAUCAAGAAGCUGGAAAUCUUUGACCGCAACCCCGAGGGCGUGGUGAUGGUGCGGUACCAGGACGAGGCGGCGCUCGGGCCGGCGAUUGCGACGCUCAACGGGCGGUGGUUUGGCGGGCAGCAGAUUGUGGCCGAGCCCUGGGACGGGCGAGAGAAGUUCAAGGUCGAGGAGACGGAGGAGGAGAAAGAGCAGCGCCUGAAGCAGUGGGAGGAAUAUCUGGGCAAGGAGUGACGAUGAUGAUGAUGAUUGAUGAUGGUGGUGUGAGGUGGCAUACACAUGUGUACAUGUGCAUGUACGUGUGCGUGUGCAAGUUCGUUCGUAUGUGCCUUCACUCCACAAGCACUUGUCCCACAAAGUAAUGAACACCGAUACAAGCCAACCGCAACACGGAAGGAAGCGUAUCAAAU